CCCGAAUAAAAAAAUUGAAAAAAUAUCACAUCUUCUACUUCCACCUUUACUUGUGAUUUUUCUUCUGUAGUAGCCAGGCGGUGGUGUAUAUCCAUCGGCCGUGUGAUCAGAGAAUCUUCACCAAAGACAAUGACCCAAGAAGGCUAGGGGUGCCUUACGAAGAGGAUCGACUCGACGAGGUGUACACGGUUUUUGUUGCUGCUAAAAGAAGAGGGACGCAUCAUCAGGUGUGAGAUCUUCACCUUCAUCACGGAUUUCUACUGCCCACGACCAGUUUACCAGUUUUGUUGUUCCUUCCCUACUUAUAUAUUUCAAACCGAUACCGAAGCCGAACACGUACACGACCACCAGUUUUGUCCCCUGUUAACAACUACAUUGAUUUCUGGGUGGUCGUUUCUUUCUGCGUGAUGUUGUCUAGCGGCUCCUGUAGUAGUUCUUCAUCCACCUCCUCUUCUUCCUCAACCUGCUUCUCCGCGACGUCUUCUCUCCCUUGUUUCGAAUACGCAAGACCAGGAGAGACGAUCAUCUUCAAGAAGAAAAAUCCCUCAACGUCGUGGUCAGCAACAAGAACAACUACGCGACGCCACCUCACAAUUGCUGGAGCAACUAGUAAAGCGACGGUCCUCCUUCAGCAACAUUUCCAUUUCAACCGAGUGAGAGGUGCUCGUGGCUUCACCUGCUGCUCAACGUUCCCAUCAAGUUCAAGUUCAGGGGUUUCGUGGAUACUACGUUUGUACAUACAUUUCAACCGAGUAACAUCGUCAAGGGCAACUAAAGCAGCAUGGCAUCUUCCAAUUCGUCCUCACCAUGGCUUGGGCAAUUUUUUGCGCCAAACUGGGACAAAGACCUGGCAGAGAGGAUACGACAAGGCGACAUAGCACCUCUCCUUCAAACACUGGAAAGCAUGGUCUUUCUUGGUACUUGAGUUCUUAGGUAUAGAUACAUUAGAUUUGAGUUUGACCGACGAGUUUCUCUUUCUACAAUCAUAAUAUUUUUUUUUGACUAUCAUCUAAGGUGGUUCACCUUCACAAGCUUAUUACACCCAAAAAUUAUAUCAAAAGGCCAUUGCACCGAUAGCGAGCCUCCACCUGGCAGGGAUCAGCGUCGGACGUACUUCCACUACGCUUGUGCACGCACGAUCGAUAACAGUGAGGAGAACACGAUCAAAAAUGGGCCACUCCAGAUAGUGAAAAAGUUGGAUGCACUCUCAAAGUCCUGCCCAAGUAACAUACGAGAUCCGCGGACUGGAAAACCCCCUCUUGGCAUGGACAUCUACUUAUGCAUGAGGGAAAAAUCGUUUUGAGACUCCUUAUAUAUACAGGAGCAUCAGCGGCGUGGUUUCAGAGGGAGGACAUGAAAUUAUAUUUCACUAUGACGUCGAUGUCCUUGAUUUUUAAAUGAAGUAGUAGCAUUUCAGGUAUGAUAACAAUGAAUAGGUACAACUAUGAUCACUGAAUGGCAACAAGACGCACCUCCUGAAGACGUUGCUCCCAGUUGAUUCCUCUAACCACUGCAAAGGACACUUUUCACCAGACGUGCAUGUUUUAUGCCUGUAAGGAAGCGCAUGCACCAAUCGUGAGGUGGCUUUUGACGGAGAAGAUUAAGGCCAUCACUAGAUUUUGUCAAUAUUCAAGAAUAUCAAUAUUCCAGAAGAAAGAUCGAGAUCCUCAUGUUCUUGCAUACUCAUAAAUAGUCGAGUAGAUGAUCUAGUACUACGAAGAAGGUCCUUUCUAAGAAGAAAUUCCCGCUGGAUCAGAGGGAUAGGUGCUUUGGCGGACUAUUACCCAUGCAUUGGGCUAUAUGGGACGUCUAUACUUUCGUCGGUCGGGAAGAGAAGAGGCUCUCGGGAGCAAACGGCUGCGGGACGAUGGGAGUCAUGGCCGGAACAGUGAAAUCUAGGAAAACGGGACUGGUACUGCUCAAACUGAUUUUUAUAGAUAGACAAGUAGAAUGAUGGGUUGACCGCUGCGGGAAAUAUGUCGUCUCGCCGGUGGUUCGAUAUGAUCACUUGAGACGGAAUGAUGACAAUGAACACUUAAAAUUUCACCAGGGUGACAUGGAGCGAACCAACCGGCGGAAGCGAAUGACAGUGCGACUACUUGCAGCGUUUGGGUCACCACCCAACGUGAUGUGGCGACCUGGACGCCAGCUCUGGGCAGGCGAGGGGGCCCAAUGGCAAGGUGGUCCCGAGAUGUGGGACAGGGAACUGAAUUUGGUCCAGUUCGCUGAACUUUUAUGUUGCAAGAAUAAGAAAUUAAGUACUUCUAGCAGCGCCCCGCCUCUACUUCAAUGUAGUUUUUGAAUUUAAUGCAACAAGAAAAUAAGUACUUCUAGCACAGUGUCAGGAGUUGUGACUACUAUAGCAAAUCAAAAACAAGCAUAUUACUAUUAGAACCAAAACCAACUUGAUGAACGUACUCAUAUUUUAUAUAAAUAUGAGUAUGUCCUCCUUGUUCACUUUCGAACCUCUAUUUCGCAACAUUAUAAUUGUUCAUACUCCUGUCCUUCUCUAGCAUCUCUUUCUCCAACUCCUUGCGCAGCACAAUGCAAGAGCAAGCACGCGGCUAUGCUGCCGUUAGUGACGGAAAUAUGUCAGGGCAAGGCUCAGAAACAUUGGAAGCGUCGGCACUAUUCGCAAAAUUCGCAAACGGACGACAAUACAGGUACUUUAUUUGAUUCAUAGCUGCAUAUUUUUUGAUAUAAUGUUGUCGCACUUCUUGCGGACUCCACGUACUACAUGUACUGACGUCACUUGCACUUACUCCACCUACUCCAACGCCAGUGUACCUGAUGGUGGAUCCGAUGCAUACGCGGGAAACGACUAGUUUUAGUGUGACACAGAAGGAAUACAAAGCUCUCGCUUGCAUGUACCAGAAUGGGUGCAAAUACACGUGCUUUUACUCCCAAGAGCGUGAUGCCAAACGCCUCACGGAGUUGGAGUUAUGAUUUUGAAACUUAAUAAGAUAGUUGAUGUUGUAGUUCUCAAUUACUUAUUCUUAUAAGGGAGUUAGCAGAGAGGGUUGUUCUUAUGUUGUGCUUCUGUCAUUCGCGCUAGCUCUACGUCUCCCUCUACCGCCCUCUCCGUCUAUGCGGCCUAUCGUCCUCUUCUAAGGAAAGAGGAGUUCAUCGAGAACCAUCGGGAUUUGAUUAGCAUGGCACAUCCUAGGGUCGUUCGCAGUGGAGACAUGGUUCCAAAAAGCGUCGCAUGCAAGAGCGUAGGACUCUCGGUGGAUAGGACGCAAAGAGAAAAAGUCAUCAAAAGACUCUGCACAGAAAAAAACAAACAUUCGAGUACUUUUUUAUAUUUUGAUUACAGCUUGAUCUUAGGCAUCUUUGGAUGUUAAAGCAACUAUGUAGGUUUUAUCACCAGGAGGAAAAGAAGAGAAGGAAGUUGCUUUUGUCCGCUACAUUGGACGAAAGACAUGAACAAGAUUUUUCUAAAAAGAGCCGAGCUCCUUCAUUAUUCAACAUCAUGAUCUGAUUUCAAUUUCCGUUACCAACCAGGAAUCAUGAUUUCAAUUUCCGUUACCAACCAGGAAUCAUGAUUUCAAUUUCCGUUACCAACCAGGAAGGAUGAUUUCAAUUUCCGUUACCAACCAGGAACCCUGAAAGUGGUGAAAUGGGAUGGGCGAGAGGAAAGUAUAGUGGGGUUCUGUUUUGUGAAAGCGGUAUUGCCAAAGGAGAAGACUCACGACGAACCCGGAAGUCCUCGGAGUCAGCACAGACAACUCCAGCAGCACAAGAACGCGCUAAUGUCGCCACUAGACUCAGACGUCAAUGCCAAUUAUGGCUUAAUAUUAUACGGUUAGUUUUUACCUCUAAAACUUAGGCUUAUCCCAUGCAGCAAUAUAUAUCGGAGUCUAUAGAUACAUAGCAUUUUUUGCAUAUUCUAGCAGUUCCAUCCUUUUUCAAAAUAUCCCAUUUAUUUGUAUGGUUCGAGUAUGUGGUAACCUGAAUUCGAUCACAAGGAUUCCCUUCUUGUUUUCCUCAUGAUCAAAAUCAGGUUACCAAAUACCAGCACCAUUCACAUUUACUCUUAUAGUUAUCUUCUAAGUAGUCACAUCUAAAUCUAUGUUGGGAAGCUGACGUGUUUCACAUUACUAGGAACAUCUUCAUGCCACGUGUACUCUUCUAAUCCAUUCCUCGUGUCCUGCAUGCGAGAAGAGAAGGAGAACCUGA